GCUAAGGAGUCAUAAGUGCCGUGUAAACAGAGAGCAAGAAUAGAGUACCAAACUCAAUUAACCAUGAGAGAGAAAGCAAGAAAGAGUACCUGAAUUUAGAGAGCUACUCACGAGAUAGAUAUGGCGCACCUCGAAAGUAAUCUGAUUGACUUUGGAUUGAGUUGAUGGUGGCGAUCGGUGAGGUGGUGGAGGUAGGUCAGUGUUCACGGUGGAGGUAAGUAUUUUGUUUAUUUUUUUUUUGUUUAAUUGGGACUAGAUUUGUGGAGGAAUACAGUGAAGGAUAUGCAAGGUUAGUGUAUGGUGGUUUCUUUUGUGGAGGGCUAGAUCGCUAGAGUGAAUAUUGCAGUAACGGGAAUUUGAAGCGUUGUCGGUUCUACAAGGCGACAGCUUCAAUGGAGGGUGGAGGGUGCCUCGAAAGGUAAGCGGGACCUUGGCUCUGGUACCAAUUUGACACCGUACUGGGUAGGGGUCGGAUAGAAUUAGCCAAAUCACCACGCCAAUCGGCUACUCCGGCGAUACAACUCUCUAAUUUCUAGAUAUAGAAACACCACUAGGAAGUAGUAGAGAAGGGAACCUUGGAUAUAGUAACACCACCAAGGGGAAGGGAGAUUAUACUCAACCUAAAGAACACUCAAAGUGUUUGAUAUAUUUCUCAUACAAAGGCUUGUGUUCUGCCGAUUACAAUUAAGGCUAUUUAUAGCCUUAAUUCAAUUACUAUUACAACUACAUAAUUAAUGCAUUCAAAUGAACAAUAAACAUAAGUCAAUAUUAUUGUGCUGAGGAUGGAGUUUUUCCACCGUUGCAGGCAUAGGGUGGUUAUAGGGGGUGGCAGUAGCGUGAUGCUUCUUGUCAAAUGUUGUGUUCUCAUGUAAGACUUUGUCACCAACAGAGGCAUUCGGAUGCUGAUCAGAGAGAUGCCUCUUUUGUACAUGUUGAUCCUACCAGGAAUUCGUUUGGAGGUGCAAGCAGUUCGAGGCCCUUUGUUCCUCCUCCCGGUUACUACUUCGGAGGGAGUGGUCCUCAGCCUUGGGGUGCAGAUUCAUGGGCUUACUAUGCGGAGAUGGAGAGGAUGCGUCAGGCUCAGAUGUUUGCGCCGUACCAGUACAUGGCGAUGCCGCCUUAUCAGUAUCCCUCUCCUCAGCAGGGAGUUCAUCCCUCUCCUGGCACACUUCGUAUCUCGGAGCAGGAUCCUAGUACCCCUGGGACGGAGCUGGAUCAGGAUCUGAAGCGCCUUAGGAGGAGGAAUAGGGACAAGGAGCCUGUGGUUGACAUCACAGCUGACGACUCGGACUGACCCUGCAUGGUAGCGAGUUCCAACUUGCCUGGGUUGAUUUUGUAUAGGCUGGAUUGUAUUUGUAUGGAUUUGUACGGUUUUGAACUUGAAUUUUGUAUGGUUGUAUGGCUUUGAACUUGAAUUGGUUUGAAUUUUUUUUGAAGUUUUGGCUUUUGUAUGUUUGAAUGUUUGGUCUUGUA